AUCGAUGCGUUCCUCUCUGCUUUUGAGAGAGACGCACUUCCACUAGCCGCUUCAACGAUCGGUUCUGAAUCGCCGGACGAAACGAAACAUUCGUUGUUUGUGGCUGUGAGUCGGUGGACAACUUCUCGUUUUGCUUUCUGUGGAACAGGGGAGCCGUGUUUAAAAUAGCCCCAAUAAUUUGGGACGACCACCGCUUUCCAGAUGAAGUAUGUAUGCGGAUUAUUUGGAAGUGGCACCAGGGGGGACGCUGUUAUGGUCGGAUUACUUUGUGGUCUUUUUGUUUACGGCGGCCAAGGUGAUAAGGUGGAAGUAAUAGAGCUGGGCAAUUGGACGAUAAGUAAUCAGAAUGGCUCCCUGGCUAUUGCUAACCAAACGUUGCCCUUGGGCAUAUACAGUGCCUUUGCACCCCAAGUGCUGGACUCCUACAAUGACGUCGACCUGCGUUAUCUGGCCUACGAGAACUGGACGUUCUCUAAUUUCUUUCAGUUCGACGUCCAUCACUUUAAUCGCGGCCACAUCAACUUGACUUUCCACGGCAUUGACACGGUGGCGGAAAUCCGGCUGAAUCAUCAGCUGCUAGGACGCACGGACAACAUGUUUGUGCGCUACUCCUACGAAGUGAGUUCACUGCUCCAAGCGGAAAACUCUCUGGAAGUGGAGAUCCAAUCCCCCGUAGUUGCUGCUUUGGCGAGGGCUAAUGCUUUGAAAGAAUCUAAAAAGAGCGUACCUCCCGAAUGCCCCAACGAGCGCUACCAUGGGGAGUGCCACAUGAACAUGCUGCGGAAGAUGCAGGCUAGCUUUUCCUGGGACUGGGGUCCCGCAGCCCCCUCUGCUGGAAUCUGGAAAAACGUGGAGCUGGAAAUCUACGAGGUGGCGGUGAUUCGUGAGGUAGAUGUGGACGUCAACCGCAUCAACGGCUCGCACUGGAACAUGCAUAUUCGCUGCUACCUGGACGCGGUGGGUGGGCAAAACUUUAACGGAAGGCUUGUCCUAUAUGCUGUCGAGCUAUUGGACCAUCCGGUAGUAGUAGACAGAUCCGCAAUUAAAAAGAUCAGCCACUUGGCGCCAGUAAUUGAGUUCGAUCAGGCCGUGCCAAUUGAGAAAGUCGUAACCUGGUGGCCCAAUGGCUACGGGGAGCAGAAACUGUAUCCGCUCCACUUCACCCUGAAAACCUGGCUGGGAUCUGAUGUACCCGAGGUUCGCUCUAAGACCAAGUCACACAAGUCGCUUCGGGUGGGUUUUCGUACGCUUGAGCUGGUCGAGGAUCCCGCCCCAGACGGCUUCGGAAACACCUUCCUCUUCCGAGUUAAUGGGGUAGAAAUGUUUAUGAAAGGCAGUAACUACAUACCAUCCCACAUUUUACCAGAAAGACAGAGUAAGGAACAGAUUGCACAAUUAUUAAGGUCCGCCAAGGAAGCCCAUAUGAACAUGCUUCGUGUCUGGGGAGGCGGAGUCUACGAAUCGGACUACUUUUACCAGCUCGCCGACAGCUUGGGUAUUCUUAUUUGGCAAGAUAUGAUGUUUGCUUGUGCCAUGUACCCGGUUGGUGACGAUUUCCUAUCGUCGGUGCGUGAGGAGGUUCGCCAGAAUGCCUUGCGGCUAUCACACCAUCCCAGCGUGGCCAUUUUUGUGACCAACAACGAAAACGAAGCUGCUUUGGUACAGAACUGGUACGGCACGCUAUUCGAAAGGGAUCGAUUUGAGAGCGAGUACCGGGAGCUCUACCUGGCUAAUGUCAUCCACGAGUUGAAGCUUGUUUCGCAUAGCUCUCGACCCCAGCCACUGGUCUCCUCGCCCUCCAAUGGCAAAGCUAGUGAACCAGACAACUACAUUUCCAACAACCCUCAGGAUAACCACAAUGGCGAUGUACAUUUCUACGACUACACUAAGGACGGCUGGGAUCCAGAUAUUUUUCCACGUCCUCGAUUCGUCAGUGAGUUCGGCUUUCAAAGCUUUCCCGGCGGAUACGCAUGGCAGCGCAGCAAGAGCGACGACGAUGACCUUCUCGCCCUGAUCAGACACCGGCAACACCAUCCGCUGGGAAAUGCUCCUGUAAUCGCACUAGUGGAGAGACACCUACCGCUGCCCUUGCCGGAGGAUGAGAACUAUGCGACAGCACUGAUUUACUUCAGCCAGAUUGCUCAAGCAAUGGCCACAAAGGUGGAAACCGAAUUAUACCGUAGCCUUCGGGACACGCCCCACAGAACGAUGGGGGCCCUUUACUGGCAGCUGAAUGACGUAUGGGUGGCACCAUCCUGGUCCAGCAUUGAUUUCUACGGCAACUGGAAGCUGCUCCAUUACUGGGCACGUGAUUUUUUAGCGCCUAUUUCAAUCGUUGCCCUCUACGAAAAGUCCACGGAUUCGUUAAACAUCUCUCUUAUUUGUGACCAAUUAGAGGUGGACCCAAGGAAUCUGAAUGUUGUGGCUAACGUUCACCUGUGGUCCAAGCUUCUGCCUCGGCAAUCCAUCUCAUGGGAUGUUACCCUCCGCCCCAAUGGCGUGCAGUACGAUAAGGUCAUUGGCAUCUCCGAUCUGCUAAAAGGAGAGUUUUCCAGAACUAACGCGUUUAUGGAGCUGCAGCUGCGCCGAGGGCAGAAUGUGAUCUCUAGGACCCACUUCUUUCCCAGUAGCAUUGCCGGAGCAGUCGGGAUCGAGGAUCCAGGGCUCGAGUUUGAGAUUGCCUCCCGAACCUGUCUCAACACCACGGACUUCAUCCGCAACAGCGUCAGCAUCAGCAUACAGGUGAAGCGCCCCGCCGUGUUUGUGUACCUGGAGCUGCUCAAGCCAUACCGCUACACCCUCUCCGAGAACGGAUUUAUGCAGACCGCGCCAAUGCACGUCAUCUACCUGACGUUCGACGCACCCUUGUGCGCCCGCCUUUUGCGCAAGUCGGACCUCCGUGUGCUAACCGUCAACGACUUUAUGAGAUAGACAGGCACGUCUUCCUUGACAACUUGAAAUCAACGUUUAUAAAUAGCUUAACAAUAGACAAUUCAAUAAAUAGCAAUAACCGUUGAGCACCCAA